GGGCUCAGCAUUACCUGCACGGUUAGGGGUCUCAACAGAGGGUCCAGCUCGGUCAUCCCUGAGCUGCAGUGUUCGGAUUAGAAUGUUGUGUGCACACAUCGCUGGGUGCCUGCUGUGACUGACAGCACGGGAGCCCCUGGACUAGCAUUGUGUGUACAGUUCGGGAACUGAAUACACACAGGUCCAAAAUGCCUGUCAGGAGAGGUCAUGUGGCACCCCAAAAUACCUUUCUGGGAAUCAUCAUCCGGAAAUUUGAAGGGCAAAAUAAGAAAUUCAUCAUUGCUAAUGCAAGAGUUCAGAAUUGUGCGAUUAUAUACUGCAAUGAUGGCUUCUGUGAAAUGACUGGAUUUUCAAGGCCAGAUGUCAUGCAGAAACCAUGCACCUGCGACUUUCUUCAUGGUCCUGAGACAAAGAGACAUGAUAUUGCCCAAAUUGCGCAAGCACUUCUGGGCUCAGAAGAAAGAAAAGUUGAAGUUACCUACUAUCAUAAAGAUGGAUCUACAUUUAUUUGCAGUACCCAUAUUAUACCAGUCAAAAACCAAGAAGGAGUAGCUAUGAUGUUUAUUAUGAAUUUCGAGUAUGUGACGAAAACUGGAAGUCCUUCUUCUUUGGAGAAACGUAGCCAUAUCCUCCCUAUCAAGGUUGAAAAUCGUAAAUUGUUUGGACUCCGGUUACCAUCACUGAGACUUUUGAGCUAUCGAAAGCAGUCAUUACCACAGGAAGAUCCUGAUGCCGUGAUAGUGGAUGCAUCGAAGCACAGCGAAGACUCUAUGGCCAUGAAGCACUUUAAGUCACCUACAAAGGAAAGCUGCAGCCCAUCAGAAGCAGAUGACACAAAAGCGCUAAUUGACUCUAAUAAAUGUUCACCUUUAGUUAAUGUAACUGGACCUCUAGAUCACUCUUCACCAAAACGACAAUGGGACCAGCUUUUUCCAGACAUGUCAAAUACUGGUACACAUUUGUCACACGCACGGUCAAGUGAAAGUGUUUGCAGCAUGAGACGAGCAUCAUCAGUCCAUGACAUCGAAGGAUUUAACAUACACCCCAAAAGCAUUUUUAGGGACCGUCAUGCAAGUGAAGACAAUGGUCGCGAUAUAAAAGGCCCUUUUAAUCAUAUCAAAUCCAGCCUCCUGGGAUCAACCUCUGAUUCUAACCUGAACAAAUACAGCACCAUCAACAAAAUCCCGCAACUUACCUUAAACUUUUCAGAUGUAAAAAGUGAAAAAAAGUCCUCGUCCCCUCCAUCUUCCGAGAAAACGAUUAUAGCACCCAAGGUUAAAGAAAGGACUCACAAUGUCACAGAAAAGGUUACACAGGUCCUUUCCUUGGGAGCUGAUGUUUUACCUGAGUAUAAACUUCAAACACUUCGUAUCAAUAAAUUUACUAUAUUGCACUAUAGCCCUUUCAAAGCAGUAUGGGACUGGUUAAUUUUGUUACUUGUUAUUUAUACUGCCAUCUUCACACCUUAUUCAGCUGCCUUUUUACUCAAUGACAGAGAGGAACAGAAAAGACGUGAAUGUGGAUAUUCUUGCAACCCCUUGAAUGUUGUAGACUUAAUGGUAGACAUUAUGUUUAUAAUCGAUAUUCUUAUAAACUUCCGAACCACGUACGUUAAUCGGAACGAAGAAGUUGUUAGUGAUCCUGCAAAAAUUGCAAUUCAUUACUUUAAAGGCUGGUUCUUAAUAGACAUGGUCGCAGCAAUACCGUUUGAUCUUCUAAUCUUUGGAUCCGGCUCAGAUGAGACCACCACACUUAUUGGACUUCUGAAGACUGCAAGGUUGCUACGUUUGGUCAGAGUAGCAAGAAAGUUGGACAGAUACUCUGAAUACGGUGCUGCUGUUCUUAUGCUGCUAAUGUGCAUAUUUGCACUUAUCGCCCACUGGCUAGCUUGCAUUUGGUAUGCUAUUGGCAAUGUAGAACGACCUUACUUAAUUCAUAAAAUUAGCUGGUUGGAUGCACUGGGAGAUCAAAUAAAGAAACCUUACAAUUACACCGAUGCCAGUUCCGGACCUUCCAUCAAGGACAAAUACGUCACAGCACUUUAUUUCACCUUCAGCAGCCUCACAAGCGUAGGGUUUGGAAAUGUAUCCCCCAACACCAACUCUGAGAAAAUCUUCUCCAUUUGUGUCAUGUUGAUUGGCUCAUUAAUGUAUGCAAGUAUUUUUGGAAAUGUAUCUGCAAUAAUCCAAAGAUUGUAUUCAGGAACUGCACGGUAUCACAUGCAAAUGCUUAGAGUCAAAGAAUUUAUAAGAUUUCAUCAAAUUCCUAAUCCUUUACGUCAGAGGCUAGAAGAAUACUUCCAACACGCAUGGACCUACACCAAUGGCAUUGACAUGAAUAUGGUAUUGAAGGGGUUUCCAGAAUGCCUACAAGCUGAUAUUUGUCUGCACCUCAACCAGACAUUACUGCAAAAUUGCAAGGCAUUUACUGGUGCGAGUAAAGGAUGCCUAAGGGCAUUAGCAAUGAAGUUUAAAACUACACAUGCCCCACCUGGUGAUACCCUUGUUCACUCGGGGGACAUUCUCACAGCACUGUACUUCCUGUCAAGGGGCUCCAUUGAAAUCCUUAAAGAUGAUAUUGUUGUAGCUAUUUUAGGUAAAAAUGACAUAUUUGGGGAAAUGGUGCAUCUUUACGCCAAGCCGGGAAAAUCCAACGCUGAUGUUAGAGCGCUAACGUAUUGCGAUCUGCAUAAGAUUCAGCGAGAGGAUUUAUUAGAGGUGUUAGAUAUGUACCCUGAAUUUUCAGAUCAAUUUCUGACAAAUCUAGAGCUUACAUUCAACCUAAGAGAUGAAAUCACCAAGGCUGAACUCUUAAGAUCACAUCAAGAUAAUGACUUUGAUGAAGAUGACUGCAUGCUUCGAAGAAGGAAAUUGUCUUUUAAAGAGAAAUCAGAUGGAGACAAUAGUCACGAUGGUUCUGAAAACUCUUCUAGACGAUUUUCAAAUACAAAGAAGAACGGGGAUCCAAAAAAAAGUGGAUCAUCGUCACAAGUUUCCUCUAUUAAUGAACAAAAACCCGUGUUUGAUGAAAUCGGUGGUUUUAAUGCAGUGUUCACAAAGUCUGCAGCCCUGCAGUUUGAAGAAGCAGUCUGUCCUUCAGAUAAGAUAAACUUUGGCAAAAGGAGCUUGUCGUACAGAGAUAUCACCGGCACAAGAACCUGGGACAGAGCAGAAACUGUUUUACAUGAAAGUGUUACCAUAGCCAACCACACAGAGUUAAAUAAUCUAGCAUGGGUGGCGUGUGAAGCUGACAAUGACCUUACUUACGGAGAAGUGGAGCACAGGCUCGAUUUAAUACAGGAACAAAUGAACAGGUUAGAGUCACAAAUGACUGCUGACAUACAAAGUAUCCUCCAGCUCCUGCAGAGACAGGCGUCACUAAUUCCUCCAACAUACAGCAUGGUAACAGCCAACACGGAAUACCAGAGACCGGCUGUCAGACAAGCGCAAAGUGCACAUCCUACAGCAUCCAUCAAAACAGACAGAAGCUUCAGUCCAUCAUUACAGAGUCCAGAAUUUACAGAUCUUGAGAAGUCAAGACUGAAAUCCAAAGAAUCUCUAUCAAGCGGAGUCCAUUUAAACACAGUUUCAGAAGACAACCUGCCUGCUCUGCUAGACCAAGGACAAGAAAGUCCACUCGAGUUACCUUCUGGGCACUCUGCAUCGUAUCUCAAUCCAGUUAGGCAUACAUCUUUGCCCGAUUCUUCCAUAAACAGCAAAGGGAUUAGGGGCCUUCACAGGCAUGAAUCGGAUCCUGGUCUUCCUGGGAAAUAAUCAAAAUGGGUUACUUUUAUUUUCUAACGUCAGAUAAAAUGUAAGUGCUUUUAAUGGCUGAUUUCCUCUUUGUAUUAAAAAUCCUCUUUACUUGACUCAGGGGCAAAAAGGAUAUAUAAUAUGCAACUGUACUGUAUAUUUUGAUACAU